AGGAGCACAUUUUUUUAAUUAUUAUUUGACUAGAACACGGAAAUAGGAUUGGAGAAUACUUUGUUUUGAUUUUGCAUUCCUUGUGUGAAGUAAAGAAAGACAUACUGACUGAACUAAGUUGGGUAACGUUACCCAACUCCAAUUUGACUGAAAAUGUCUAAACUACAGUUGUUUCGUGUGUUUUUAAAUGAGCGUUUAAUGGCGGCUGCUGUGGAGAUUUUCGGGGCAGUUGAGAAAACGGUAGUGGAGUACCAGGAGGAGAAUGAUCGGCUACGGAGACUGCUGGGGAUCACACCGGAGAUGCAACUAUGUAAAAUAGACUCCCUGCAGCUCUCUGUCUCUGAAGAGGAGGUUCCCCCUGAGCAGCAGCACUGUGAGCAGGAGUGGAGCCCCAGUCUGGGGCAGGAGGACCCAGAGACCAAACAGAUUAAAGAGGAACAGGAGGAAGUCAGGACCAGUCAGGAGGAAGAGCAGCUUCAAGGGGUGGAGCCUGAUAUCAUAGAGUUCCAAUUUACUCCUUCCUGUGUGAAAAGUGAAUGUGAUCAGGAGGACCCACUUUGGUCCUUGACUCUUCCCCAAACCCAGACUGUGGAGAACAGAGAGAGAGACUCUAAACCAGUGGAUCUCAAACCUUUUGGCACUGUGACCCACCUGAAGGGUUUCGACAUUCCCUGUGACCCUCCAGAUAGUCAAAACAAUGCCUCCAGCCGCAGCUCAGCCAUAAGCAGCGACACAGUAGGACUUGACUGUAGUCCACCAUUGGAUCCCAGUCCACCAUUAGAUCCCAGCCCAUCAUUGGAUCCCAGCCCACCAUUACAUCCCAGUCCACCAUUGGAUCCCAGUCCACCAUUGGAUCCCAGCCCACCAUUAGAUCCCAGCCCAUCAUUGGAUCCCAGCCCACCAUUGGAUCCCAGCCCACCAUUGGAUCCCAGUCCACCAUUGGAUCCCAGUCCACCAUUGGAUCCCAGUCCACCAUUGGAUCCCAGCCCACCAUUGGAUCCCAGCCCACCAUUGGAUCCCAGCCCACCAUUGGAUCCCAGCCCACCAUUGGAUCCCAGCCCACCAUUGGAUCCCAGCCCACCAUUGGAUCCCAGCCCAUUAUUGGAGAAACACUGUUCCAAACCCAGCACCACGUCUAGAAAAACUCACCACUGUCGUGACUGUGCUGCAACGUUUCCUCUGAAAGCUGACCUGCAGAGACAUGUGACUCUCACCAGGAAGAGAUUCAGUGAAUGCUGCUUCUGCCAAAAACGCUACAACUCCACCUGUAAACUGAAGGCCCAUGUCCGACUCUGCCACGUAGAGAAACUCUGCACCUGUUCCAUUUGUAGCAAAUUCUUUAAACUCAAAAAAGAUCUUUCCAGGCACAUGAGGACUCACGCAGGAGAGAAAUGUUUUAGCUGUGGUGAUUGUGGGAAAGGCUUCAGUCUCAAGAAGACCCUAACCAGACAUAAACUGAUUCACACAGGAGAGAAACCAUUUAGCUGUGGUGACUGUGGGAAAAGCUUCAGUCGGAAGGGGAACCUAAUUGAACAUAUACGGACUCACACAGGAGAGAAACCUUUUAGCUGUGGUGACUGUGGGAAAAGCUUCAGUCGCAAGCACACUCUAACCGAACAUAUACGGACUCACACAGGAGAGAAACCAUUUAGUUGUGGAGACUGUGGGAAAAGAUUCAAACACAAGAAGACCCUAAAUAAUCAUAUACUGACUCACACAGGAGAGAAACCAUUUAGCUGUGGCGACUGUGGGAAAAGCUUCAGUCAGAAGGGGGUCCUAGGGAGACACAUACGGACUCACACAGGAGAGAAACUAUUUAGUUGUGGCGACUGUGGGAAAAGUUUCAGUGUGAAGAGCAAUCUGUUUAUGCAUGUUAAAAACAUCCACAAAGCAAGAAAACUAUUGGGGCAUUCACGUGCCGAAGUCGAAAAGGAAGUUGCAAUUCAAAUGCAUUAUUAUCUAAAUGUUGACGGUGGGGAGAAACAAAAUGGUGCAGUUUGAGGCCAUGUGACGGAGAGUGAUGCGGGCCCUGGAGAUGGGAGUGUGCGCAGGUGGGUCUGGGCAGGGGUGAUGUUGUGGAUGUCUGUGCGAUGUUGUCGUUUGAAUGUUUUGUGCGUGUGUAAGAAAAAAAAACAAGGAAGGAAGGAAGUCGCAAGUGUGACAUGAUUGUGUUCGAGUGCUUUUUGAAGUCGGAAUAAUUCUUCGACCAUUAAGAUUUGAGCAAGUUAGAUAAGCUAGCCAAUGUUGCUAACAAUACAUUUAGCUAGCUUGCUUGAAGGUGCAGUCUGGGAUCUUAAAGGGAUACUUCGGGAUUUAGGCUUUUAUGAUUUAGGCCUUUUAGGGUUUUAUUUUACAAAUUGUAUGUCUCUGCAUCCAGUAUGAAGGAAGUUUGAGGUAGUUUUGCGAGCCAAUGCUAAAUAGUGUUAGCACAAUAACUGGAAGUCUAUAGUAUCUACUAGCAUGCUAGCAGUUGCCAUAAACUGCCAGUCAUUGCGGUAACACUAGUUAGCAACUUCCUUUAAACUGCAUGUCUAGACAUAAAAAAUCAUAUUGUACAAAUUCUUUGUAACAUCCUAGACAUGGCAAACAAUUUGUUUCAUAUCAAACGAAAUGGAUGACGUAGUACACAAUUGUGCACACUUUUCGGGGGGCCCCUUUUUGGUUCAUGAACACUACUUUUAAAACGACUUUCUGAAAAAAUACAAAAGCUCUGGAGCAUCACUUUAACAUUGCGAAUAUGGUCAAGUUAGCUACAUUAUCCACCUUGACAAGGGUUAAGACAUUAGAGAUUCUGCAUCACAGAGGAACAGUUACCAAAGGCUAGGAAGUGGAAUGGACAAAAGAACAGCACCACGAGGAUCUAAAGAUAACCAAGGUGUUAAGAAACCGAUUUGGCGUCAUCUUUUGAUUGAAAAGUUGAGUAGUCAGUGCGAAGCGUCACAAACUCGGCAACCGGUAACAGUUUCCCCACGUGUAAUUACGGAGGGAGGGUCGUUCAAGUGAAUCUUCACAGUCCGAACUCCCAACUCCAAUAAAGCCAACAGCACAUGAAGGCCCAAUUUUGUUCUCGGAAUGGAUAAGAAUUGGGCUGCCCAUGUCAAUAAACACUGCCAAAGUCUGUUGGUGUGUUCAGGUUAUUAUAUGUAACUCAGUUGGUAGAGCAUGGUGCUUGCAACGCCAGGGUUGUGGGUUCGAAACCGACGGGGGACCAGAAGGAGACAUUCUGCAUAAGAGCAUCUGCUAAAUGCCUCAAAUGUAAACAGGACUUCCUGGUUGUUUGUUUUGUAAAGUCUCUCAGGUGAUGAGGAUGGUAAAGAUUGGUGUUAUUGAUACAUUAAAACAUGUUUAUACUUUUAACAGAAAA